UUCACUCGGCUCGUUUUUUAGUUAAAGGUACGCAGUCCUGUUUACUAUAUUAUGUCUAUGUUCGUCUGUGACAUGUGACAUGAGACUCGACCUAUAGUUAUAUGUCAAUGACUCGACCACAUAUGGAUAUUUAUUAUCUGUGUUAACCAAUACGUGGCGAUGAUAGAAAUUGUUCCGAGCGCCUGAGUGAAAAGAAUAUCAAACUCUUUUUAUGUGAACAUAUUGCACUUCAUUUGGGUAGGAAAAUAAGUAAACAAUGAGAGUGUGAGAGUUAUUUAUUAAAUAAAACAUACAAAAGGAUGCCACCUAAACGGAAGUUAGGGCGACCGCCUGGGUCCAAAACGAAAAGGAAAAAGACAUCUCCUAAACAUCAGAAAAAUGCUUCAGUAGUGAUAAAGAAGAAAGAAAAAGAGUCAUCUUCUGAAACAGAUAUUGAAUAUAUCUGUAAUAUUUGCAAUAAAAAAUUCCUAACUGGUCAGGAACUGUUGAAACAUCACAAAAAUUGUAAAGCUGUGGUUCCCAUAUUAUCUGAUGGUGGUGUCAGGAAGGCAGAGUUCAGUUGUAAUGAAUGUCGCAAGAAGUUUAGAUUCCAAAAAAGUUUCAAAAAGCAUUGUUUGCUGGAGCACUCCAAGUUACCUAACAGUGUGGCUUGUGAUCAAUGUGAUGUCAAGUGUCCCACUAAGAGAGUUCUGAUAGAGCACAUCAAGAAGGUUCACGAUAGAGACAUUUAUGAAUGUCCACACUGCAAGCGUCAGUUUGUGAGACGCUCACAUGUGUUUCGACAUAUGGCACAGAGUGGAUGCGAUGGACACGGAGGUGCCUCUUUUAUGUGUGAAAUAUGUGAGUCAAAAUUUUCAAGAAAAGACAAUUUAAUGGCCCAUAUACGAAUGCAACAUAUAAUUCCCAAUGCUUUCACCUGCAAGCAGUGUUUAUAUUCUACAAAGAAUUUUUCGAAAUUGGUUAAUCAUUGGCACAAACAUCAUUCAGAAACCCCUGAUCAAUACCAAUGUCAUCACUGCAGCAAGUGGACAAGCUCACGAGCAGCAAUGACCAAGCAUCUUGAGAUACACGGCGAGAAGAAGUAUGCAUGUGAUGUGUGCGGCUACAGUACAUAUACGAUCGAGGUGAUGCGCCGCCACGUGCUCACCCACGUCGAAGACAAGCCGUACAAGUGCUCGCUGUGCGGCAACUCGUACAUCCAGCGCGUGCAGCUCGCGCGCCAUCUCGAGAAACACAGCGGCAACAUGUGCCUCAAGUGUGGCAAUACCUUCACCACCAGGGCCCAGUUGCUGAUUCACCUCAGAGAGCAUAUGGGGCUAGAAAAAUUAUUCUGUCCAGUUGAAAGUUGUCCAUUAGUAUCAAAAGAAUUCAUCAAUGAGGCCAGCUGGCAAAACCAUUUGAAAGUCCACAUGGACGAUAAGCCGCACAGCUGCGACGUGUGCGGCAAGCAGUUCCACUCGGUGGUGAACCUGCGGCGGCACCUGGAGACGCACACGCUGGACCGGCCGCGGCGCUGCAUGUACUGCGUGUCGGCGCGAGCCUACGUGCGCGGCCUGCAGCUCAUCCGCCACGUGCGCAAGCACCACCCCGCCGUCUUCCGCGGACACCUCGCGCACGUCAGACAAGUGCUCGGGAGCAAUUCAAAUAUUUUAGACAGAGUGAAGAAGUCCGAAAUUGAAUCUAUAUUAAAUCUGUUGGAUGUGGAGUCUGAUCGCAUUUUGCAAGGUUAUGGUGGAGCCGGUGUUCUGUAUGGCGGGAUGCAGGACGAAGAAGAGAGUAGUUCUAGCAAUAAUAAAGAGGAGAAAAUGAAAGGAAAUAGUCCACUAAUGUCAGAGGAAGAACUCACGGAGAAUUUAAGGAAGCUACUAGCCCAACUAAUUGAUAAUGAAACACUUAAUCUGUUUGGGUGGCCCGAAGAGAGUGUAGAUGUGGUGUUAGAAAAAGUGAUUGAGCAAUGCGGUGCGAAGGCCGCUGACCGCGACAAAUGGACGCGCGUGCAGCGUCUGCGCGAGAACUCGAAGCAUUUGUUUCUGUACGUGCUCGAAGACAAGAACAUCGCGCGCAUGCUCGACACGCACACCAUCGACCAGAUCAUCAAGCACAUCCUCAAGCAAGUCAGCGAAGAGGAUACAAAGGAUGUAAAGUAACGCACAAAGUAUGAACUGAAAAGCGUUUGUGCCAGAGCUAAGACAAGCGAACCGUUCUCGCCCAAGCUCACUGAAACUUACACGUUGCUGCAUAUAAAAACAUGGACCGUGAUCGCACACGGCUUCCGAUAAAAGUUAUAUUGCCAAAUGUUAUUUCAUCAAUUUAAAUAUUUUUUACAUUUUAAUUAAUUAUAGGUAAAUAAGUUUAUUAUUCCGUGAUAGGGUUUUAUGAAGGUAGAUAUAUUUUAUCAAAAGUUGGGCACCUUAUUUUUUAUUGCAAUAAAUGUUUAGGUAUAGAAUACAAUCAUAAGGAGAUGGACAAAAAAAAACCCAGAGUCGACAGAAACUUCAAAUGUAUCAUUGGAUUCAGUAUAAUGUGUGGAUUUAAAAAAGUAUUUCAUAUCAUCCGAAAACCAUGGGGUUCUCUUUUUAUAACGGUUUUUCGAUCAAGAAUUUAGGUUAUGAAAAAGUUCGCCUUACUAUUUGCUGUUCUUUAGACGUUUGGGAUUUGCAAAAUUAUGUUUUUGUUUGAUAGGGUUUACUUCCCAGAUGUUCCCAUAGUCAUCAGGUGAGGAUCUGAUGAUGGAAACCCUGAGAAAUCGAGGGCAACUUACGAAAGUUGUAGGCGUGCAUAGGGUAAAAACUUGACACUCAGCUGUAUGUCUGUUAGCACUAUACAAGAGUAGAGGUUUAAAGUUGACUUGAUGAUGGAGAGCAGAGAAUAUCGAGGGAACUCGAUGACUGAAUAUGUAAACUACCUUGUGUUUGGGCUUAUAUUAUUCGUAUUGACGAGAACUUUCCACUAAUGCGGACGGUGACAACUAUACUUGUCACUAAAGAGCCAAAAAUAAUAA